UCGAUUAUGUAUUUUCGCUAGCGCUCGUUUGUUUACAUCUGCGCUUCCAACGAUUGGAAAUUGGCCCCGAACGAGUCUCCCCGGUCUCCAACCUUAACAGACCUGUUUGAUUAGAACAGAUUAGAAGCUGCUAGAAGUAAGGGAAGUCCGUAGGAAAGUAAUUAUGGCAGAUGUUUUAGAUAUUGAUAAUGCGGAAGAAUUUGAAGUUGAUGAUGAAGGCGACCAGGGUAUUGCCCGUUUAAAAGAAAAAGCGAAAAGAAGAAAAGGUAGAGGACAUGGAGCGGAAUUAGUUUCCACUCGUGACGAUGUUGGUCAUUAUGAGUCGAUGAACAUCGUUGAGGAGGAUGAUGACGAGCCGGGUCCACAAAGAUCUGUAGAAGGCUGGAUUCUGUUUAUAAAUUCAGUACAUGAAGAAGCACAGGAAGAUGAUAUUCAAGACAAGUUUUCUGAAUUUGGUCAAAUAAAGAAUUUACAUUUAAAUUUGGACAGAAGAACAGGUUUUUUAAAGGGGUAUGCCUUGGUAGAGUAUGAAACAUUCAAAGAAGCUCAAGCAGCAAAGGAUGCAUUAAAUGGAACAGAAAUCUUAGGUCAACCUAUUUCUGUUGAUUGGUGUUUCGUAAAAGGACCAAAGAAGAUAAAGAAGAGAAGUCAUAGAAGGCGAUAAAAAUAAAAAUAAUUAUUAAAUAAAACGUUUAUUUUCAUUAUGUGACUAUUUAAAAUAGAUUUUUUGUAUUUCAUAGAAUUUGUAAAGAUUACAUGUUGGAAAUAAUAUACUG